UAAUAAAGAAAAAUAAAUUAAAUAUGGGUAAUUGUAAUUCUGCCGAGAAUUAAUAAAAAGAUAAAUAUGGAUAAUUAGAAGUAAAUAUUGAAAAAAAUAAAGUAUAAAAAGGUGAAAUAAUAUCAGGUAGAUUAAAAUUAAAUUUAAAUCAAGAUUAUCCAGGUUUACAAUUAUCAAUAAGGUUUAGAGGAAUCGAAUCAAUAAGAAAAGGUACAGCACAAUAUGCUGAGAAUGAAGUAUAUGGCGAAACAAUAAAAUUAAUUCCUGUAAACACAAUAAAAGCAGGAGAGCAUUUAUAUUUUUUCGAAUUCGAAAUUCCUCAAAAUUUAAAAGCCUAGCAUUCAAGUGUAAUAAUAAAUGAAAAAGAAUAAAAAUUCGCAGUAAGUAUGGUAUAUUAAAUUAAGGCGAUUUUAGAACCAAUUGAGUUGUUAUCUGAAGAAGUGCAAAAAAUCGAAGGGUCAGCAAUUUUUUAAUUGCAAGCUGAUUUUUACGAAGAGGGAAAAAGUUGUAAUAGUAAGGGAAUUUUAAAAAACUAGUAAGGAAAAGAGUAUGGUAAUGUGAAUAUUUUUUUAAAAAGUGAUAAAUAUGGAUAUGAAAGUGGGGAUAAUACUAUAAUUGAUAUAAAUGUAGAUAAUAAAGAAGUAAAAAUGCCUUUAAAAUCAUUAAAGUGUAUUUUUUUGAGAGAAAUAUAAUUUUUAGGAAAAUGCAAAAAUAAAUUUUUAAGAAAUCAAAUUAAAGAAUUUGAUAAGUAAACUUUAAUUAGCAAAAUUAAUGAAUAAAUUGUUAGUUUUGAUAAUUAAAAUUUAGAUUUAAUUAAUACUUAGGUUUAGUUUAUUAUGCCUUAAAAUAUGGUUUAGAGCUUUUAUGGAAAGUAAUUUAAUUGUAAGUAUUAUUUUGAUUUAUUUGCACAUUAUGAAGAAAAUUAAUAAAAUUAUAUUGAUGCAAAAGCUAGAUUAUUGAUUAAUAUUAUUCCUAUAAAUAUUAGAUGUAUACCUUUAAGUCAUGAUGAAAUGCUUAAAAAAUAAAGUUAUUAAAAUUAAAAAAAUAUUCCGAAUAGUUAUUUGUAUUCUUCACUUGUUAAAUAAUCAAAAAUAGAAAAUAAAGAAAUUUAAUUUUAAGCUACUCCUAUAUAUUGAUGUUUUGUUUAUUUUUAAUAUUAUAUAUAUAUACUAUGUAAAAAAUAAGUUUUUUAUAAAAAUUAUUUAU